AAUUGAGAUCGAAAAAUCCCCCAAUUGUUUUUACAAGCAAGAUUAUAAUACGGCAUCUCCUAAGUUUAAGGGCAAAUUCUUACCACUGAAUUACCCCUAAAAAAUAAAAAAAUGUACCGGUGAGUUUGACAACCACUUCCUAGCAAAUCCAAUUCCUACAAAUAUUUCCUUCUUUUGUCUCCUUAACAAAGUUUUCCUGAACUUGUAUUUUGUCAAACACUAUCGCUUAUUUAGGGCCACUUUGUGGACGAAUAAAUUCAAAUUCCCUAAUUACCUCCACCAAUUGGUCACUAUAGACGUACUGUACACAAUAUGUGCUACUCUUGGUGAAUCACCAAGUCUAAAUUACUUAAUUACCCUCCUAUUGUACUCCAUCUAUGUAACUAUACACAAGAUGGAUCACAUGAGUUUCGUGGAACCCAGCUCCAUUUUUGACCUUCUCAACAAGUGCACAAACCUGAGGCAGUUUAAGCAAAUACAUGGCUACGUUAUCACCACUAAACAAUGCAAUCUCAACCACAUUCUAGUGAAAAAGCUGGUAAGUUUCUCUCUCAUGGGUUAUGCACGCCAAGUGUUUGAUGAAAUUCCACAACCCGACACCACCACUUUUAAUUCCAUGCUUUCUGGUUUCUCCAGAGCCAAAAUGCACCUAGAGACAACAGAAAUCUAUUUUUUGAUGAGAGAGAAACAAACCCAGUUCGACAGUUUCUCUCUCCCACCUGUACUCAAAGCCUUUGCUGCACUCCCGGCCUUAAACCAGGGAAGAAGCCUCCAUUCGUUUGUUAUCAAAGCUGGCUUCUCUAACUUUAGCCUCUUCACACAAACAGGCCUUGUAGACCUCUAUGCGAAAUGCGGGGAUUUGGGUUCGGCUCAAAAGGUUUUUGACGCCAUUCCAGAGAGAGAUAUCGUCUCUUACAACACUCUGAUUUCGGGGUAUUCGAAAGCUGGGAUGAUAGAAAGAGCACAACAUUUGUUCAAUGAAAUGAGGGCAAGAAAUAUUGUUACCUGGAAUGCCAUGUUAUCUGGGCAUUUACACAGUGAAAAGUACUCGGAAGGCCUAAAAAUGUUUGAGGAUAUGAGUGCAAUGAAAAUGAGUCCUAAUGAGGCCACGCUUGUCACUGUGCUUGCAUUAUGUUCUAGAUGUAGAAACAUAGAAACAGGAAAGCAAAUAGGGUCUUGGGUGAGGGCAGACCCGAAGUUUCGUGACAAUUUGGUGCUCUCCACUGCACUUUUGGAGAUGUACGUGAAGUGUGGUCGAGUAGAGGAGGCAAGAGCCGUGUUUGACAAAACCUCAGGGAGAGAUUUGGUAAUUUGGGGGGCGAUGAUAGCUGGUUAUGCUCAAAAUUCCCGGCCCUUCGAAGCUCUAGACCUCUUCGAAGCCAUGCAAAAAGCUGGUUUUUCCCCCAAUGAGGUCACACUGGUGAGCGCGCUCUCCGCUUGUGCUCAAUUGGGGUCAAUAGAGAGAGGCGAGAGGAUUGUAAAUUAUGUAAAUACCCUCGGUGGGGCCUCAAGCCCAUAUCUUGGCUCCGCUUUGAUUGAUAUGUACUCGAAAUGUGGCCAAAUUGACAAGGCUAUUGAAGUGUUUGAUGGGUUAGAUGAGAGGGAUUCAGUAGCUUAUAAUGCAAUGAUCAAUGGAUUAGCCUCACACGGAUUAGCUAAUCAAGCCCUCGAGCUCUUCUCGAACAUGCGGAAUUUGGGAAUCUUGUCAAAUGAUGUUACUUUUGUGGGGGUUCUUGUUGCUUGUGCUCACGCUGGUCUGGUUGACAAGGGGCAGCAAUUGUUCUAUGAUAUGGAAUUGAGGCACGGUAUAGAGCCUAAAAUUGAGCAUUGUGCUUGUUUCGUUGAUCUUUUGUGUAGAGGUGGGAGAGUUGAGGAGGCUUAUGAUUUUGUAGAGAGAAAGAUGAAGGUGGAGGCAAAUGUGAUCAUCUGGGGUUCACUUUUGAGUGGGUGCAGAGUGAGAAACAACGUGGAGUUGGCAGAGAGAUGUGUUGAGAGACUGACGGUUUUGGAGCCUGACAACUCGGGGAACUAUGUGAUGCUUUCUAAUGUUUAUGCAAAAGCAGGGAGGUGGGAAGAGGCUUUGAAGGUCAGAGAGAAGAUGAGAGAGAAAGGGGUGAAGAAAAGGCCUGCUUAUAGUUGGAUUACCAUAGACAAUAAGGUUCAUAUGUUUCUGGUGGGCGAUGAAUCACACCCAGAGUUUGAAGAGAUAUAUGAGGCUCUUCAUGGUUUGUGUUUGCAGAUAAGGUUUGAUGGUGACAUAUCUGAUUUGGGUUUUGGCAAUUCAGUGACUUAAUAAUACAUCGAUCUCUCUCUCUCUC